AUGCCGAGUAAUAAGCGACCAAAGGACAAUAAAUCCACAUCGGAGGCCUACUCCACACCAAACAACGAGACAGACAUGGCGGAAGGCACAGGCAACAACGUGACACUUAAAGAACUUACCCGGGCUUUGGGAGAACUACGUGUUGCUUUAGCUGAGGAUCUUAAGGCUACUAUUGCUGAACUGGACACCAAAAUCGAGAGCACCAUUCGAACGGUCGCUUCGCAGGGCCAGAGUAUUGUGGACCUUGAGAAAGCUUCUGAAUUCAACGCUGGUAGGAUCUACGAGUUAGAGAAGCUAUGCUCGUCACUGCAGGAUAGUGUGCAGAGGCUUUCUGUGAAAGUGGUCGACCUGGAGGGCCGUUCCAGACUAAUCAUCUGUUGUCACAGUUUCAAGACCAAGGAUCUUAUCCUGCGCGAGGCCCGAAUGAGGGGCAACCUGUUACAUAAAGGGCACCCCUUCCGUGUCUAUGAUGAUUAUGCGCCCGAUGUGGCAAAGCACCGCGGCGGCUACAGAGAUGUCAUGACCAAACUCUACAAACUCCAUCUUCGCCCAGCCUUGCUCUUCCCUGCAAGACUAAGAAUUACCCCGCCUUCCGGUGAGAAGAUUUGGCUCUCCUCGGUCUUGGACGCAGAGAAGUUUAUCCGGGAACAUACGCCAAUCCCCCGUACAGAGAUGGCAGGGAUCUUCCCCCAGGACCCAGCCUUGCCCAUCGGCUCCACCCUCACUGCCACAUGUUCAGUCAGCCCUGAUCUGGGCCUCCACGCCAGCUCUCUGUUCUGGAGCCUGAAUGGCCACCGGCUGCCCAGCUCUUCCUACAGCGUGUUGAGCCCUACGGCCCUCAGUGUCACCCUGCCGGGCUUGCCAGCCUCUAGGCAGAGGUCAGGGGACAACCUGGUGUGUCACAACCAUGGAGGACAUGUUCUAGCCGGGUCCUGCCUCUACAUUGGGAUGCCUCCAGUGAAGCCAGUCAACUUGACCUGCUGGUCCAGAAACACCAAAGACCUGACCUGUCGAUGGGCACCAGGAGGACAGGGAGAGACCUUCAUCAAGACCAAAUACACACUCAAAUACAAACUCAGUGUGUGUGUGUGUGUGGUAAUCCCAGUGUGUUCUAUGCAGGUGCGCUGUAACCCAGUAGGAAUCUAUGGGUCUCGUAGGGCUGGUAUCUGGAGUGAAUGGAGCCAUCCGACUGCUGCUUCUACACCUCAUAGUGAGCGUGUAUUAUCAGGUUCGUGUGACUCCAAGUCUGCGUUACGUCGAGAGCUGAAGCAGUUCUUCGGCUGGGUACGGAAUCAUGCGUAUGGCUGCGGCGGCAUGUCAAUCAAACUCUAUGACCAAUGGAGAGUCUGGAUGCAGAAGAGACACAAAACACACAACCAGGUCCUACAAGGGGAUAAGUCAUAGUACGCAUCACCCCUGCCUUUAAACAACCAGCAACAAAGUCAAGACAACAUCAUGUGUGUGAAAAAUGGUUUCUCCUAAAUGCUGUGGUUUUGCAUACACCAUUCAGCGACGGAAGAAGGGGGCAUAAAUACAAUUUUGGGGACAGUGUCUCUACAACAGCAGCCCUAGACUAUGCUGUAAUUAUUUAACAAGACAUGGAGGAGUAAGAAGUUGAGGAAGAGUGAUCUUCUUCUUACUGUGGAAAUACUGGCAGCUCUGAAAAGCUAGAGAUCCACAGCACCCUCUAGUGGAAGCUAACAUACUGGGAGGAACAGUAGAGAUGGAGGACCAUAGUAAUGUUUCUAGUCACAUCCCAGUCUUAAACCAUGAUGACCCAAUCGGAACUGUCUGUAACCCAAUAUUUGGGAACCCUGGUCUGCAGGGGAGGGGGGGGGGCACCGUUACAAGACUAUAGACUGAAAUUGUUGUCUGUAUCAGUGUGGAGAUCUGUCUUAAUAAUAAGUAGGGUCAGGAGUUUUUCCUGAUCAUACGGCCCUGCCCAGGAAAACUUCCUGACCA